UCCUCUGAAGAAGACUUCCGGUGGUGUGUCAUGGCGGUGGCAUGGUGAAGCCUCCAGAAAGGGAAAAAUACUCGCCCCUUUCGUCCUUUCCCAUCGAUUCAGGACAGAUUCCCAUGCUCAGUUAAGCCUGUCAUCUCACGCCUCAUACCUUGGAUUUAGCAGCACAGCGUCGCGGUGUCCCUCCGCCCGGCCAUGGCGGCUCACAAACCAGUGGAGUGGGUCCAGGCCGUGAUUACUAGAUUUGAUGAGCAGCUUCCUAUUAAAGUUGGACACCAAAACACCCACACCAAAGUCAGCACAGAGCACAACAAGGAAUGUCUGAUCAACAUCUCCAAGUACAAGUUCUCCCUCGUCAUCAGCGGCCUCACCACCAUCCUCAAAAAUGUUAACAACAUGCGGAUAUUUGGAGAAGCUUCUGAGAAGAACCUCUACCUCUCCCAGCUCAUCAUCCUGGACACUCUGGAGAAGUGCCUGGCUGGGCAAUCCAAGGACUGCUUACGUCUGGAUGAGACCAUGCUGGUCAAACAGCUGCUGCCGGAGAUCUGCCAUUUCAUCCAUACGUACCGUGAGGGCCACCAGCAUGCCGCUGAACUUCGGGCCUCUGCUUCAGCCGUCCUCUUCUCUCUGAGCUGCAACAACUUCAACGCUGUCUUCAGCCGCAUCUCCACCAGGCUACAGGAGCUGACGGUGUGCUCCGAGGACAAUGUGGAUGUUCAUGACAUAGAGCUGAUGCAGUAUAUCAAUGUGGACUGCUCCAAGCUGAAGAGGCUGCUACAAGAAACUGUGUUGAAGUUUAGAGCUCUCAAGAAGCCUGCCCAGCUAGCAGUCAUCAACAGUUUAGAGAAGGCGUUUUGGAACUGGGUAGAGAAUUACCCAGAUGAGUUCACCAUGCUUUACCAGCGACCACAGGCAGAUAUGGCAGGGACUUUGAAUGUGACGUUUCUGCCAGUAACGGUGUGCAUGUUGGUGUGCUCAGAAGCUGCAGAGAAGUUGUUUGACCUGGUGGACAGCUUUGCAGAGAGUGCUAAGAGGAAGGCAGCUGUGUGGCCUCUACAAAUCAUCCUCCUCAUCCUCUGUCCAGAGAUCACACACACCAUCUCCAAAGACACUGUGGAAGACAGCAAAGCCAACAAGAAACUGUUUUUGGAUAGUUUGCGGAAAGCUUUAGCGGGCCAGGGCGGCAGCAAGCAGCUGAUGGAAAGUGCUGCCAUUGCCUGUGUCAAACUAUGUAAAGCCUCCACUUACAUCAACUGGGAGGAUCACUCAACCAUUUUCCUCCUGGUCCAGUCCAUCGUCAUGGAUCUCAAGGCUCUGCUCUUCAACCCAGCUAAGCCCUUCUGGAGGGGGACGGGCAGCCAGAAUACUGAUGUGGAGCUCAUGAUGGACUGCUUCGUCUCCUGUUUCCGCAUCAAUCCUCACAACAACCAGCACUUUAAGGUCUGUUUGGCCUCUUCCUCCCCCUCCACCUUUCACUUUGUCCUGGUAAACUCGUUGCACAGAAUUAUCACCAAUUCUCAUCUGGACUGGUGGCCUAAGAUUGAUGCAGUGUACUGCUACUCUGGAGAGCUCCGCUUUAUGUUCUCAGACACCCUCAAUCGGGUGAUCCAAGGCGUCGGCACCCACGCUCCACUACGCAUGACACCGAGUCUGACAUUCAAAGGGAAGAUGACCACCAGCCUUAAGUUCAAAGAGAAAGCCACAGAACUGGACACUCGAAGCUAUAAGUGCCUCCUCCUUGCUCUGGUCAAACUCAUCCACGCUGACCCCAAACUCAUGUUGCAUAACCCAGUGAAGCAAGCUCCAGAGAUGCAGAGCAGCACAGCAGAGCUCAUCACCGGCCUGGUGCAGCUAGUGCCUCUAACUAACACCACCCAGCUCUCACAAGAAGCUAUGGAGGCUCUGUUAGUUCUGCACCAGCCAGAGACCAUAGAAUUGUGGAAUCCUGAUGCCCCCAUAGAGACGUUUUGGGACAUCAGUUCACAGGUGCUCUUCCUCAUCUGUCGCAAACUGAUUGGCCAACAAAUGGUUAAUGGGACGGAAGUUCUCAAAUGGCUGAGGGAAAUCCUCAUCUGCAGGAACAAGUUUUUGCUUAAGAACAAGGAAUUUGCCACUAUGGGUGGCGGUAUCCCCAUCUGCCGGCAGGCGCAGACGAAGCUGGAGGUAUGUCUCUACAUGUUCCUGUGGAGUCCGGACACCGAGGCGGUGCUGGUGGCCAUGUCGUGUUUCCGCCACCUCUGUGAGGAGGCUGACAUCCGCAGUGCUGCUGACGAGGUGCCUGUCCAAACCAUCCUCCCCAACUAUGCCACCUUUAGUGAACUGGCCUCUGUCAGCAACAUGAUGGGAACAGGCCGGUCCACCUUACAGAAGAGGGUGAUGGCCUUGCUCAGAAGGAUAGAGCACCCUACGCCAGGAAACAUAGAGGCUUGGGAGGACACAUAUGCUAAAUGGGACCAGGUGACCAAACAGAUUCUCAACUUCCCUAAAAGCAAGGCAGAUGAUGGGCAGCAGGAGUGGAUCAACAUGACAGGAUUCCUGUGUGCACUUGGUGGUGUGUGUCUUCAGCAGCGCAGCACCCCCGGCCCAGCCACCUACAGCCCACCUAUGGGCCCCAUGAGCGAGCGAAAACACUCCAUGGUCUCCAUGGGCCCCUGCGAUGUGUCUAACCCUGUGGCCUCAGCCUCUUCCUGCUCCUCAUCGGCCUCCUGUGAGACGCCCGUCAGCCGCUUCUUGGACAGGCUACUGGCCCUGCUGGUGUGUGGUCAUGACAGGGUUGGCCUCCAUGUUCGCACAAAUGUGAAAGACCUGCUGGGGCUGGAACUCAGCCCCGCCCUCUACCCCAUGCUCUUCAACAAGCUGAGGAACAGCAUUGGCAAGUUCUUUGACACACAAGGACCGGUUCCCAUUAAUGAAACUAACACCCAGUUUGUGGAGCAGACCAUAGCCAUCAUGAAGAACCUGUUAGAUAACCACACAGAGGGCAGCUCUGAACACCUGGGGCAGGCCAGCAUUGAGACCAUGAUGCUCAACCUGGUCAGGUAUGUGCGCAUCCUGGGCAAUGUGGUCCAUGCGAUCCAGAUCAAAACAAAGCUGUGCCAGCUGGUGGAGGUGAUGAUGGAGAGACGAGAUGACCUGUCCUUUUGCCAGGAGAUGAAAUUCAGGAACAAGAUGGUGGAAUAUUUGACUGACUGGGUGAUGGGAACCUCCAACCAAGCUGCUGAUGAUGACAUCAAGUGUCUGACAAGGGACCUGGAUCAGGCCAGUAUGGAAGCAGUAGUGUCGCUGUUGGCUGGUCUUCCUCUUCAGCCAGAGGAGGGAGAUGGAGUCGAACUGAUGGAGGCCAAAUCUCAGCUCUUCCUUAAGUACUUCACCCUGUUCAUGAACCUGCUGAAUGACUGCAGUGAGGUGGAGGAUGAGGGCCAGGCAGUGGGGGGACGAAAGAGAGGAAUGUCCCGCCGUCUGGCCUCCCUCCGCCACUGCACGGUUCUGGCCAUGUCCAACCUGCUCAAUGCUAACGUGGACAGCGGCCUCAUGCACUCUAUUGGUCUGGGCUACCACAAGGACCUGCAGACUCGAGCUACCUUCAUGGAAGUGCUGACCAAGAUCCUACAGCAAGGAACAGAGUUCGACACGCUGGCAGAGACAGUUCUGGCUGACCGUUUUGAGCGGCUAGUGGAGCUGGUCACCAUGAUGGGAGACCAGGGAGAGCUGCCCAUCGCCAUGGCACUGGCUAAUGUGGUUCCAGGGUCCCAGUGGGAUGAGCUAGCCCGAGUCCUGGUGACGCUGUUUGACUCCCGCCACCUCCUAUACCAGCUGCUGUGGAACAUGUUCUCUAAAGAGGUGGAGCUGGCUGACUCCAUGCAGACUCUCUUCAGAGGAAACAGCCUUGCUAGCAAAAUAAUGACCUUCUGUUUCAAGGUUUAUGGGGCAGCAUACCUGCAGAAGCUACUGGAGCCUUUAUUAAGAGGGGUCAUCACCACCCCUGAACACAUCAGCUUUGAGGUGGACCCCACCAGGCUGGAACAAGGGGAGAACCUGGAGGAGAAUCAGAGGAACCUACUUCAAAUCACUGAGCGGUUCUUCCAGGCUAUCAUUGGUUCAUCCAGCGAGUUUCCUCCACAGCUCCGCAGUGUCUGCCACUGUCUUUACCAGGCUACUUGCCACUCUCUACUGAAUAAAGCAACAGUAAAAGAAAAAAAGGAAAACAAAAAAGCAGUUGUGAGUCAGCGUUUCCCACAGAACAGCAUUGGUGCAGUGGGCAGCGCCAUGUUUCUGCGCUUUGUCAACCCAGCUAUUGUAUCUCCCUAUGAGGCAGGCAUCUUGGACAAGAAGCCCCUCCCCAGGAUAGAACGGGGUCUCAAACUCAUGUCCAAGAUUCUGCAGAGCAUUGCAAACCAUGUCCUGUUUACAAAAGAAGAACACAUGAGGCCUUUCAAUGACUUUGUCAAGAGCAACUUUGAUUCAGCCAGAAGGUUUUUCUUGGACAUAGCAUCUGACUCUCCUCCUAGUGACUCGGUCAACCACAGUCUGUCCUUUAUUAGUGACGGUAAUGUGCUGGCCCUCCACCGCUUGCUGUGGAACAACCAGGAGAGGAUCGGCCAGUACCUCUCCAGUAACAGGGACCACAAGGCUGUAGGCAGGCGACCUUUUGACAAGAUGGCCACCCUGCUGGCCUACCUGGGACCUCCUGAACACAAACCUGUGGCUGACACUCACUGGUCCAGUCUUAACCUGACCAGCUCCAAGUUUGAGGAGUUCAUGACCAGGCACCAGGUCCAUGAGAAGGAGGAGUUCAAAGCCUUAAAGACCCUCAACAUCUUCUACCAGGCAGGAACCUCCAAGACUGGCAACCCAGUCUUCUACUACGUGGCCCGCAGGUUCAAAACAGGCCAGAUCAAUGGUGACCUGCUCAUCUACCAUGUCCUCCUAACUCUCAAACCCUACUACGCUAAACCCUAUGAGAUUGUAGUAGACUUAACACACGUAGGACCCAGCAAUCGCUUCAAAACCGACUUCCUGUCCAAGUGGUUUGUGGUCUUUCCUGGCUUUGCCUACGAGAAUGUAUCAGCUGUCUAUGUCUACAACUGCAACACCUGGGUGAGGGAGUACACUAAGUACCAUGAGCGGCUACUGACAGGCCUGAAGGGCAGCAAGCGUCUCCAGUUCAUUGACUCUCCAGCUAAGCUGGCAGAGCACAUCGAACCUGACCAACAGAAGCUGCCCGCAGCCACACUAACCUUGGAGGAAGACCUCAAAGUGUUUCAUAAUGCCCUCAAGCUGGCCCAUAAAGACACCAAGGUCUCAAUAAAGGUGGGCUCGACGGCAGUUCAGGUGACCUCAGCUGAGCGGACCCGUGUCCUUGGACAGCCCGUCUUCCUCAAUGACGUCUACUACGCCUCAGAGAUUGAAGAGAUUUGCCUGGUGGAUGAGAGCCAGUUCACCCUCACCAUGGCCAAUCAGGGCACACCACUCACAUUCAUGCAUCAGGAGUGUGACGCCAUCGUCCAGUCCAUCAUCCAUAUCCGGACACGCUGGGAGCUGUCACAGCCUGACUCCAUCCCACAGCACACCAAGAUCCGACCAAAAGAUGUACCUGGCACUCUGCUUAACAUUGCCCUGUUGAACCUGGGCAGUUCUGACCCAAGCCUCAGGUCUGCUGCAUACAAUCUAUUGUGUGCUUUGACCUGCACCUUCAACCUGAAGAUAGAGGGUCAGCUGCUGGAGACAUCAGGCCUCUGCAUCCCUGCCAACAACACCCUCUUCAUAGUCUCCAUCAGCAAGACUCUGGCUGCCAAUGAGCCCCAUCUGACACUGGAGUUUCUGGAGGAGUGCAUUUCAGGCUUCAGCAAGUCCAGUAUUGAGCUGAAACAUCUCUGCCUGGAGUACAUGACACCCUGGCUGCUCAACCUGGUUCGUUUCUGUAAGCACAACGAUGAUGCCAAGCGUCAGCGUGUCACUGCCAUUUUGGAUAAACUCAUCACCAUGACAAUCAAUGAAAAGCAGAUGUAUCCCUCUAUCCAGGCCAAGAUCUGGGGCAGCCUAGGCCAGAUAACAGACCUGCUGGAUGUUGUGUUGGACAGCUUUAUUAAGACUAGUGCCACGGGAGGCCUGGGCUCCAUCAAAGCAGAGGUUAUGGCUGAUACUGCAGUGGCUCUGGCUUCAGGGAAUGUCAAACUGGUCUCCAGCAAGGUGAUUGGACGGAUGUGUAAGAUCAUAGACAAGACCUGCUUGUCUCCAACGCCCACACUGGAGCAGCACCUGAUGUGGGACGACAUCGCCAUCUUGGCGCGAUAUAUGCUCAUGCUGUCCUUCAACAAUUCCCUGGAUGUUGCAGCUCACCUGCCCUACCUGUUCCAUGUGGUGACCCUGCUGGUAGCCACUGGGCCACUGUCUCUUAGGGCGUCCACCCAUGGUCUGGUUAUCAACAUCAUCCACUCCCUCUGCACCUGCUCGCAGCUCAGCUUUAGUGAGGAGACAAAGCAGGUUCUGAGGCUGAGCCUGACUGAGUUCUCCCUGCCUAAGUUUUACCUGCUGUUUGGCAUCAGCAAAGUCAAGUCAGCUGCCGUCAUUGCCUUUCGCUCCAGCUACAGAGACCGCUCCUUCUCACCAGGCUCCUAUGAGAGGGAAACAUUUGCCCUGUCCUCCCUGGAGACCGUCACUGAGGCUUUACUGGAGAUCAUGGAGGCUUGUAUGAGGGACAUCCCAGCCUGUAAGUGGUUAGAUCAGUGGACGGAGCUUGCACAGAAGUUUGCAUUCCAGUACAACCCAUCUCUCCAGCCCAGAGCGCUGGUGGUGUUUGGCUGUAUCAGUAAGAGGGUGAGCCACGGCCAGAUCAAGCAGAUCAUCCGAAUCCUCAGCAAGGCCAGCCCUCUGCUCAGCAUAGACCGGGGUCUGGAGAGCUGUCUGAAGGGGCCGGACAAUUACAACAGUCAAGUAUUAAUAGAGGCCACAGUCAUUGCUCUGACCAAACUGCAGCCCCUUCUCAGCAAGGAGUCUCCCAUGCACAAAGCUCUGUUCUGGGUGGCAGUAGCUGUGCUACAGCUUGAUGAAGUCAAUCUGUACUCUGCUGGAACCGCCCUGUUGGAGCAAAACCUUCACACUCUGGACACAAUGCGCGUCUUCAAUGACAAGAGUCCAGAAGAAGUGUUCAUGGAGAUCAGGCGUCCGUUAGAAUGGCACUGUAAGCAGAUGGAUCACUUUGUGGGUCUCAACUUCAGUGCCAACUUCAACUUUGCACUGGUGGGCCACCUACUCAAAGGCUACAGACACCCAUCACCCACCACAGUAGCAAGGACAGUGAGAAUCCUGCACACACUGUUGGCUCUCAUCAGCAAGCAUCUGAAAUGUGACAAGUUUGAGGUCAACACCCAAAGUGUGGCCUAUCUGGCUGCACUGCUCACUGUAUCUGAGGAGGUCCGAAGUCGCUGCAGCCUCAAACACAGGAAGUCACUACUGAUUUCUGACCUCUCCAUGGACCCAGUACCUAUGGACACAUAUUCCAGUCACAUCACUGAUCCCAGCUGCAGAACACUGCGAGAGACUCAGCCAUGGACUUCACCUCAGGUUUCAGAGCGCUACCUCUCAGCCCAUCACUACCCCACAGUGGGCCAGAUUAGCCCACGAACCCGCAAGUCCAUGAGCCUGGACAUGGGUCAGCCCUCACAAGCCAACACUAAGAAGCUCUUGGGCACCAGGAAGAGCUUUGAUCAUCUCAUAUCGGACUCAAAAGCACCAAAGAGACCAGAGAUGGAGUCGGGUAUGACCACCCCUCCCAAGAUGAGACGCGUAGCAGAGAAUGACUAUGAGAUAGAGACACAACGAAUUGGAAACUCUCACCUUCGCAAGGUGUCUGUAUCAGAGUCCAACGUUCUGUUGGAUGAGGAGGUGUUGACGGACCCAAAGAUCCAGGCUCUGCUGCUCACUGUGCUGGCCACCCAGGUCAAAUACACCACAGAUGACUUUGACCAGCGAAUUCUCUAUGAGUACUUGGCUGAAGCUAGCGUUGUCUUCCCAAAGGUUUUUCCAGUUGUCCACAACCUGCUGGACUCCAAGAUCAACACUGUGCUGUCCAUGUGCCAGGACACCAACCUCCUGAAUCCUGUCCACGGCAUUGUACAAAGUGUGGUGUACCACGAGGAGUCACCACCACAGUAUCAGCCAUCCUAUCUACAAAGCUUUGGCUUUAAUGGACUUUGGAGGUUUGCCGGACCCUUCUCUAAGCAAACACAGAUACCAGACUAUGCCGAGCUGAUUGUCAAGUUUCUGGAGGCGUUGAUUGACAGCUACCUGCCAGCAGCUGAUGAGCAGCGAGGGGAGGAGCAGCUGAGGACACCCACCUCCCCCUACCCCCCCACUAGCCAGAGCCAGCUCAGCAUCACUGCCAACCUCAACCUGUCCAACUCCAUGACCUCACUGGCCACCUCGCAGCACUCACCAGGUGUGGAUAAGGAGAAUGUCCAGCUGUCUCCCAGCUCUGCUCUGUCCAGUGGGGGUCGCACUCGCCAUGGUUCAGCCAGUCAAGUGCAGAAGCAGCGCAGCGCUGGCAGCUUCAAGAGACCCAGCAUCAAGAAGAUUGUGUGAUCGACCAGAGAACAGCCCCACCCUGCUCUUCCCCCUCCUCCUCCUGUUCCUCCUCCUUCUUCUCUCCACCCCCAGCCUGCCAGGCCUCAUGCUGCACUCCACUUUAUUUCCUCUCUCUUCUUCGUGGUUUUUGCUCUUUCAGGAGAACAUGUGCAUUUCAGUUUUGCAUUGAGGAGGAAUAUAUUAGCAAGGGCAAACUUGAAUUUUGUGCUGCUUGAAAUUUUUUAUUUGAGACAGCGCAGUGGAGGAGAAGCUGGAGUGGAGGUUUCAGCUCUCCUUCACAGAUAUUCAGCAGCAGUUUAAGUCACCUGCAGUGAUGGAGGUCACACAUGUGAAACUACUGGGGGAAAUAAACCCUCUGAGCCUGAUGGGAGUACAGUCCCAACACCUAGGUUCACUUUGGACAUAAAGUUUCCUAGACAGUUUACACAGGGAGGAAGCAGAAACUGAAGUUCUGUCUUUAUGUUGAAGUUUGAUCUGUAAGACGUCCCUCAGCCUUCCUUAUGACUAAACACUCCUGUGUCAGUGAGAUGGACCAAAUGACAGCAGCGGGGUGGGGGGGGGGGGGGGGGUGGACCUUCACUCUGGACCUGCUCAGCUCCUCAGCUCACCUCUCCCAGUUCUGUACAUAUUUUACAUAGAUGAUGUAUAACUAGUCCUUAGUGCUAAUUUAGAUGUUGACGUUUUCUCCAUGGUGUGCCUUUGUCAGGGUUUUUCAAUGUGUACAAUUUGUAAAGUAAAAGUCAAACCUUGCUGGGGACAAAGAACAGGUACUAAUUAUGGAGGCAAGCCGUCCAUAUCACCAUGAGUUCACAUGAGCUGAGUCACGACGGGCCUCUAAUGAUCGUCAAAUAUACAAUCAUCCAUAUACCCUGUUGCCUGAAAGUAUUUAUCCUGUACAGCUAGAUAGCGCUACAUAAAUCCUCUUUUUAAACACUUUCAGAAACUCUUCUUUUCAAAUGUCACAGGAAGACUGCAGAACACUAGGGGAAAUACAACAAUGUAAAUAGUUUCAAGCUUUUCUUUAUCUUUGUUUUUGUGCGUUUGGCUUUUAUUUAGCUGUUUAAUGUGAGUUCUUUUUAGUCUGAACUGUAUUUUCAGCAGCAUAGCAUUUUCAUUUGUUUACACAGUGACAAGGAAAAUUGUGUAAUAGGCAAUAAUCCUCAACUUUCAAACUCCUUUGUCAUCCACCUGUUUUAUUUGUACAGCAAACAGGAAGAACACAUCACUUUGUCAGCUUGGUGCAAUAUGAUGCCAACUUCUUAGUUGCCUGUUAACACUGAGAUUUAGCUCUUGUUAAUUACCUCCAGUGACAAUUUGAAUAGAAAAGAGACAGUGCACAGUGUGAUGUUUGAUCUUAUCUCUCUCUCUCACACUCACACUCACACACACACACACACACACACACACACACACACUUGCAUUUGUUUCACCUCAACAGUCUGAGCUGGAUCCCCAACCUUCAGAGGUUUGUCCUGUGGGCUCUUUGAAGGAAAAAUCCACCUGAAUAGAGGCUCCCACAUUGUCAAGCCUCCGGCUCAUUUCACAACCAUUCUAUUUCACAACCAUUAUUUUUUGCAAUGUAGAGCACAUUGUUGUAAAAAAUGUGUCAUUAUUUAAUAAUUAAGCCAGUUUGAUCCCUUCCUGUUUAAUCCUUUGACACUAGAAUAAAAAAGAAACACUGAAAAGAAACCAAACUUUUCAGAAACAUUGCAGUUUGAUGUCCAAGCAGAGGCAGCCUUAUAUCAGCUUUGCCUUUUCUGUUCAGAAAACAUAUGAUCAAAGACCUAACAAGAUUAUGAAUCUGACCAAGCAUUCUGUGCCAACUGUCUUGCUUGAUCUUUUACUAUACUUGUAGUCACAGACGCAGUUCAGUCAGCAGUCAGACCAUACUGAGGUCCAUCCUCUGCUCUGUUGUUUGGUGUAUUCUUCUGUCUGGUUGCAGGUUUUCCAGCAUUUUUACAAUGUGGUGAAAUGAUGGGAAAUAUUUCACAGAUCUAAACAGAAAGAGUAAGUUCCUGGUUUUGGUCUCAGUCCCUCAAACUCAAACACUGAUUUCAAAACUCCCACCUUGCACCAUCAUACAGGCCAUCACACCCCUGAUCCAGCUGACCUAGACUGAUGAGAUGCCACAGUGUGAAAUGGUGGAUUUUUCCUUUUAAGAGCUAUAGUAGUAUUAAUUCAGGUUAUUGAUGCAGAGGCCAACAUUGUGAUAUAAACCCUGUUUACCCUCAGAGCACAUCUAGGAGCAAGAGAUCCUUUAAACCACAGGCCUGCUCUGCAUUACAGGAGGUGUCGCUGUCAAAAUACAAAUCUGGACACAUUUGGAGAAUGCUCUUCCAGAAUUUAGUUUGAACGCAUUUACUACCUAUCAACCAUAACUGACUUGUGACUGUUCUAGAUAGUUAAGUGUGUUUCUGACUUUCCAGACAACCAUUGGUUUCCAUUCAUUUCACAAUGUUUCACAGGAUCAACCUUCAGAGAGUUGAAACUUGCUUGAGGUUUCUACUCCAUCACAGUUAACAUCAUUAGAAUUGUUUGUGGUAAUGCGGUACACACUGAAAAUGUGAACCAAUGGCUACCUCUAGGGUAGAAAGGCACAAUGAGUUCUAAAACCAUAGAAAUAGAAUGGAUAGAAAGGACAUUGAACUGUCUGCUGUGGUCAUUUGACUUGUUCAAAAGAAUAUGGUGAUUGUUGUUAGUUGUUCUGGUUACAACACAUCAGUAAAGAGUACACCAUGUAAAGAGUGCCACAUGUACUAGUUUGAGAAAUCUGUUUUGGCCUAUUCUUACAUCUAUGUUCUUUACUAAACAGGAAAAAUACAUCUGUACACCAACCCAAGUUUCUCUCUUUAACCCAACCAACACUUCCAGCAGCUUCAUUGACUUUUAAGUUAUUGUAAAACACACUUCAAUAAAACUCCACAGUAGAGUUGCCGGGAUUUACUGUUUUUAAGGUAUACAAUGAUGACGUUGUUGUUUAUCAUUCCGUGUACAUUUGCUAAUCUACAAUAAUGAAAGAAAAUGCAACUGCACGUAGAAUCUCCCCUUUAUUUUAGUUAUUUCCUAAGGGGACAUUUUUUUACACAUACCUCCAUUAACAACACGGUUUCAAAUUUCAGUUAUAGUAAUAAAAAGCUUGUUCAACCAAGAAUAACAUUUCCAUUUUCAUUCUUUUAAGGGUCAUUCUAACUGAUAAUAAGAUAAGUUCUGUGAUACUGUGAAUCCGCGAUAUUUUAUGAGAUGGUUAAUGUAAUGUGAAAAACUCAAAUCAUUGCAACCCUACUCCACAGAAAGAACAUAAAACUCAACAAAACUGGAUAACAUUAGCCUUUCCAUUUAUCCAACCAUCACCAACUCUGGUUUGGUGGAACUAAACCAUUGAGCAGCGGCUCUCACUCAUUCAUCAGAGGCACCUACAGUAAUAUUACUACAAAAGAAACAGGGAAAUACAUUAUGAUUUUAGAAAUAACGGAUUACUUAUUUAAAAAUGUACAACUCCACUACAUCGUCACUGUAAAAUGUCACCUCAGGGAGUUCGUGACUUGUCACAAGUUGGUUUGUUUAUAUGGAAUUCUAUAUGGAAGUUAGCCUGCUGCAACAGUACAAAUAAAAAUGCCCAUCCUGUUAUGUU